CCACACCUGACAGGGAGGAGGAGACCCGACGCUCAUAUAGGUGAUGCACUAGCAACAGGUGUGAUCCUGCCCAGAUUUCAGAGGAAAAGGUGCGGUCGUCUGCAGCAUGACGCCUCAUACCACCCUGUGUGUGAUGGCUGCCAUCAUCCUAAUGGGUGACCUGGCAGAGGCUCAAGGCGUGUUCUACCCCUAUGGAGCUGGUGACAUUGUAAACAGCCGCGUUGAUGACGGGAGCUCCUCGCUCAUCAAUUUGCUUCGAAAUUUCAAAUUCUUCGGCAACACACACAGUAAAAUAUUUGUGAAUAACAAUGGCCACCUCACAUUUGACAACGCAUGGUCCAGAUACGUCCCGUCCCACUUCCCAGCGUAUGGUCAUCGUGACCUGAUCACGCCCUUCUGGACAGACCUGGACAACAGAGAGAGAGGCACCAUAUCCUACCGCCAGUACACCAGUGGCAGUGUCCUGCAGCAAGCCACCACAGACAUCAACCAAUACUUCCCUGCCGUUAGCUUCUCCGCUAGCUGGGUCUUCGUUGCUACAUGGGACAGGGUGGCAUACUUUUCCAGGACAGCGACAGAGACUUCAUUCCAAGUGGUUCUCAUCUCAGGAGGUCGAUACACGUUUGUGCUGAUGAACUACGGGGCCAUCGCAGCAACACACCGGAAUGUACAGGCUGGCUACGACACCGCCAACUCCACUCAUCAUUUUUCAAUUCCUGGAUCGUUUACGAGAAACUUCACAAAUUUCACGCACACAAGCAACGUUAAUGUACCAGGUCGCUGGGCAUUCAGAACAGAUCAUGGUUCAAGGGACUGUCAAUUCAAUGGAAUGCCUGUACAGCAGGGAGAUUCCUUCUGGACAGAUGCUACGUGUCAGCAAAGAUGCACGUGUGCAGGUGGAGGAGUCCUUCAGUGCCAGCAGCAGUCCUGCUCCUUCUCUCAAGCAUGCAGACCUGCAACCUUCCAAUACUCCUGCCAGAAUAUUCAGAGACAGACCUGCACCAUCUCCGGUGACCCGCACUACUACACCUUUGACAGGAAACUCUUUCAUUUCCAAGGCACCUGCACCUAUGUGCUGUCUGAGGCAUGUAGCAAUGGACUGCCUUAUUAUCGAAUUGAAGGGAAGAAUGAACAUCGGGGAAGCACCCAUGUGUCAUGGACCCGCCUUGUGAGAGUGUGGGCAUACGGUGAAGAGAUUGAACUUGUCAAAGGACAUCGUUAUAAUGCGAUGGUCAAUGGGACAUUUGUAACAACCCCAUUCAGUCUAAAAGAUGGAGCCAUAAGAGUCUACCAGUCAGGAUGGUCUAUAGCUGUUAGUACAAACUUUGGACUGCUAGUCACCUAUGAUGCCUCCCACUAUGUCACAAUCUCAGUUCCCUAUGAGUACCAGAAUGGGACAUGUGGUCUCUGUGGCAACUUCAACCACCGUUCUCAUGAUGACUUUCGGACGCGCACUGGCCAGAUUGUCAGCUCAGAUGUGGAGUUUGCCAACAGCUGGAAGGCGGCAGGGGACACUGACCCUGGCUGCCAGGACGUGCCCUGUGCCGGACUAGCGUGUGCUGCCUGCACUUCGAGUCAAAGGCAGCUGUAUGGGAAUACUGCUCACUGUGGAAUCCUCAGCAACAAUGUUGGCCCCUUUGCUGCCUGUCACUCAAGCCUACCCCCACACAACUUUGAGGAGAACUGCGUGUAUGAUCUCUGUGUGGGAGGAGGUUACCAGCCCAUCCUCUGCCAAGCCCUCAAUGUGUAUGCUGCCCAGUGCCAACAGGAGGGAAUCCAGUUGGGUCAGUGGAGAAGAGAGGGAUUCUGUGAAAUCCCAUGUCCAUCCAACAGUCAUUUUGAGUCUCAAGGACCAGGAUGCCAUGCUACUUGCAGCAACCCCAAUGCCACCCAGAACUGCCCACUUCCCAACCAGGAGAGCUGCAUCUGUGAUUCAGGCUACGUCCUAAGUGCUGGAGAGUGUGUUCGGCAGAGUGACUGUGGCUGCACAUUUGAAGGGCGGUACUACAGGGCUGGGGAAACUGUGGUGCUAGACCAAGACUGUGAAAGGCGUUGCACAUGCAGCCAUGGGUCAAUGACUUGCCAGGCACACGGCUGUGGAGAUCUGGAGGAGUGCGCGGUCCAUGAGGGCGUGAGGGGCUGCAGACCCGUUAGCUACGAAACCUGCUGGGUGGAGAGUUAUGAUUCAUACCGCACAUUUGAUGGACUGACAUUCCAUUACCCAGGUGCCUGCAGUCUGACACUGGCAAGAGUCAGAGGACAGUCACAACUGGCACACUUUCAAGUAACAGUUGAGAAAGUUCCAAGAGGCCUGGGCGACUUUGUCAGAAACCUGAAGUUUGAAACAGAAGGGACACAAGUUUCUGUGGAGAUGGACGAUGGAGCCACAACAAAGGUGGAUGGGCAAUCAGUUGGCAUUCCUUUCAGUGUCAGCUCUGGUCAUAUUCGCAUCUACCACAGCAGUGUCAAAGGUGUUGUCAUAGAAACUGACUAUGGUGUGCUGGUGAGAGCAGACUGGCCACAUGUCAUCCGCAUCACUGCUCCUGGCAACUACAAUGGCACGCUUGGAGGACUGUGUGGAAAUCUGAAUGGCUACCCUGAUGACGACUUCUUCUCUCCAACUGGUGUUCAGCUGAACAGCUCACAGCAGUUUGGGGACAGCUGGAGAGACGGCUCCCUUUCAGCACACUGUGUGGAACCCCAAGUGUGGGAACCAGGACACUACCAGAACAGCACACAUUACAGGGAGCUCUGUGGCAUCAUGGCAUCCGCCAAUGGACCUUUUGGCCAGUGUCAAGCAAGUCUUGACCCCUCAAUGCAGAUUGAGGACUGUGUCCAGGAACUGGAGAGGACGCAAGGGGCUCAAGAAGCACUCUGUGAAGCUUUGCGUGGAUACACUCUGCUUUGCCAACAGACUGGAGUCACAGUCGGGGAAUGGAGGAACCUCACCAACUGUGAGGUAACCUGCCCUCUAAACAGCCAUUACGAGAUAUGUGGAACGUCCUGCCCAGCUUCCUGCCCCAGCUUGUCUUUCCCCUUCCUGUGCAAUCAGCAGUGCCAGGAGGGCUGCCAGUGUGAUGAUGGCUUCCUCUUGAGUGGGGAUCGCUGUGUGCCUCCCACAGGCUGUGGCUGCCACCAUGGCGGACGCUACAGACAGAGUGGAGAGCGCUACUGGUAUGGUGAAGAGUGCCAGCAAAUCUGCCGCUGUAAUGGCCUGACUGGUCAGUCCCAUUGCACUGCCUCUUCCUGCAGUGAACAGGAGUCCUGUCGCAUUGUGGACGGCCAGUUUGGUUGCCAUCCUAAACCUGAAGCCACCUGCAGCGCCUCUGGAGACCCUCACUACACCUCCUUUGACAGGCAAACCUUCGACUUCCAGGGCACAUGCCGUUACGUCCUGGCAUCUGUCUGCAAUGGAAGCCAGGGUCUACCACACUUCCAAGUGGAGGCCCGCAAUGAGGCAUGGAACGGUCUGCAGGUCUCCAUAACAGUGGCAGUUUACGUCAAUGUGUCUGGACAUCAGAUCUACAUCUCAAAAUACCAUCCUGGAACUGUGCAAGUAAAUGGGGAGACAAGAAACCUACCAGUCCUCCUUGGUCAAGGCAAAGUAUCGGUCUAUGGCAAUGGUCUCCACACAUUCGUGACAACAGACUUUGGCCUGACUGUCAGUUAUGAUGGCCGCUGGGUGUUGGACAUCACAGUGCCAUCAAACUACAGUGGCGCCACCUGUGGCCUGUGUGGCAAUUUCAACGGCCUCCAGGCUGAUGACUUCACUGUCCAGAAUCAGGUUUCAGGCUCUCAAGUCCUCUCCACCUCUGACUUUGGGAACUACUGGAAGGUUGAUGAUGGCAUCCCCUGUACUGGAGGAUGUGGAAACUCCUGCCCAGUAUGCCAUGAUGACCGAAGAGCCCGUGCCAUGUGUGAACUGGUCAAAGCUAGCAAUGGACCACUGAGUUUCUGCCAUGCACAUGUGGAUCCCCAAACAUUCUUCAAUGACUGUGUUUUUGACGUUUGCCUUUCUGGAAACAGAGCGGAUGUUCUCUGUCGAACAAUGGAGGCCUAUGUCAGUGCAUGUCAAGCAGCAAAUGUGAUCAUCUACCCCUGGAGACAGAACUCCACCUGCCAAAUGGAGUGCCCAGAGAACAGCCACUAUGACCUGUGUGGCACUGAGUGUGGCCACACCUGUGCUAGCAGCAUUGAUGCCAGCUGUGACAGAACCUGUGCUGAAGGCUGCUUCUGUGAUGAAGGGUUUGUGAGGAGUGGGGGGCGUUGUGUUCCAGUGGAGCAGUGUGGCUGUCUGUAUGAUGGUCUCUACUUCGAGAUUGGCGAAACCUUCUGGACCCAAGACUGCUCCCAUCACUGUGAAUGUUUUGCUCAAAACGACCUCCGUUGUUCCCAGUCCUCUUGCCCCCCUACUCAGGAGUGCUCUGUCAAAGAUGGUCGACGUGGUUGUUAUGGUCAGCUGUCAACCUGCACCGUCUGGGGAGACCCUCACUACAUCACAUUUGAUGGAGCUGUGACACACUAUCAGGGCACCUGUUCCUAUGAGAUAAGUCACACCUGUGGCAACAUCAGUCAGGAUGCCUUGGCCUUCCGCGUAGUAGCAGCCAACAGUCACCGUGGCAACCUGGUUGUGUCAUUUGUGUCCACUGUGGACAUGUGGCUCUCUAGAGGAGGAGUGCAAAGGCACAUCACCAUUGGCCAGAACAGGAGAGUCAAGGUUGAUGGCCAUGAGAACAAUGCGAACAGCAUUCAGAUUGGCUCCCUUGCACAGUUGACACGAGACUCUGGAUUUGUGGUGGUGAACGCCUCAGGAGAGCUGGUGGUGCAGUUUGAUGGGCGCAGUAGACUCCUGGUCAGACUCAACCCUGGUUUCCACCAAUCAGUGUGUGGGAUGUGUGGGAAUCACAAUGGCAACCCAGCAGACGACAAGGCCCUCCCCAACGGCAGUCUGGCGCAGACUGACACACAGUUUGGUCAGAGUUGGAAAUCAGAUGUCAGCAGUCCGGGAUGUGGUGCCAGUGACCGGAUCGGUGAUGGCGUGUGUCUCUUCAGAGAAGAAUACACAGAGCUCUGCAGCAUCAUCAGCAACAGCAGCGGGCCAUUCCAGCCGUGCCACCUGCAUGUUGACCCUCAGGCCUACGUCACUUCCUGUGUGUAUGAUCUCUGUGCCUACACACCAGCCAAUGGCAUGCUGUGCUCAGCAGUGGAGGCUUAUGAGACAGCCUGCAGUGUGCUGGGGCUGCAAACCCCAGAAUGGCGCUCUGCACUUCACUGCUCUGCAGCUGACCCCUGUGAGGAUCUGGACUGUACUGAGGAUGAGUGGUGUGGUCAGAAAGAUGGAGUCUACGGCUGCUUCUGCAAUGAGGACCAUGCCAGACCUCAGUCUUUUGACUCUAUGGAGCAGUGUUCCAGCAGCACAGGAACCAUGUCUCUGUCUCGCUGCCAGCUGUUUGAGGCCGGCUUCUCAGCAGACACCCUCCACCUCAACGACCCCAGCUGCAAUGGCACACUCCAAGAUGGCCGACUGGAGUUCUUCUUCAACAAUGACGACCACAUCUGUGGCACGUCUCUGAGGAGCAACAGCACUCACUUCAUCUAUGAGAACUCGGUCCAGGGGGAGUCCAACUCUGCCAGUGGCCCCAUCAGCAGAGAGAGACAGAUCAAACUGAAUUUCAGCUGUGCCUACGCCCUCACUCAGACCCUCUCCAUGAACGUGGACAUCAACCCUCUGGAGAGUGUUGUGACCAAGACGUUGCCAGGAGGGGCAGGAACCUACCGAGUGCGCAUGAUUCCCUUUGUGGAUGCCGGCUUCUCCCAUGCCUACUCAGGGAGGGUGAAUGUGGUGGUGGACCAGAGGCUCUAUGUGGAGGUGCGGGUGGAAGGGGUGGACAGUCGCCAGAUCGCCACGGUGGUUGACUCCUGCUGGGCAACUCCUGUCAAUCAACCGAACUACCACAUCCGUUGGGACCUGGUCAAGAAUGAGUGUCCCAACCCGAAUGACAACACAGUGGAGCUGCUUCAGAAUGGGGUCAGCACAGCAGGUCGUUUCUCCUUCAGGAUGUUCACCUUCACAGCUGAUUCCUCCAAGGUCUACCUGCACUGCAGUAUCCACCUGUGCUUGGUGGCAAACAACGACUGCACACCUCACUGUUACCCGGGUUACCCCGUGAGGCAGCGGCGUUCUGUUGAUUUCCAUGACAGUGCUGCCAUCUCACUGGGGCCGCUGGUUUGGGGCAGUGACACAGCAGAUCGGAAUGCUAUGUCUUCUCCCCGACUUGUCAGGGCGUCUAAGGCCCCGGGUCUGACUCCAUCUCUCAUGGUGCUGUUCCUGUAUGUCCUGAGUCUAAAGACUCUCCUCAUCACCAGCCACCAAUCCACCAAAUACCCCACCCCCAGCCACCCAUGGACCACCAAAUACCCCACCACCGACCACAUACCCACCCAAUACCCCACCACCAGCCACGCAUCCGCCAAAUACCCCACCCCCAGUCACACAUGGACCACCAAAUACGCCACCACCAAAUACCCCACCCCCAGCCACACAUGGACCACCAAAUACCCCACCCCCAGCCACACAUGCACCACCGAAUACCCCACUACCAGCAACAUACCAACCAAAUACACCACCACCAAAUACCCCACUACCAGCAACAUACCAACCAAAUACACCACCACCUGCCACACAUGGACCACCAGCCACCCAUCCACCAAACACCCCACUAGGAAUACAAACAACAACCACCCCCACUACACCAGCUUUAUCCACUAUGACCCCACCAACAACUACAGAACCACCACCAACCACCACCACCACACAGCCAACAACAACACCAGCUCCAUGUUCUCCAGAUAUGACCCUUGCCAUCACUACACAGUGCUGGAUGAUGAGUGGAGGGCUGCAAACAACACAAUCCAUGACAACUCCUUCAACUGGAGGUGUGACCGGAACAUCAACUGGCAAGGCUGGUACCGCAUGUACUACAGAGGGACUGAUGCCCACAUGCCAGAGUACUGCGUGAGGAUGAACCGCUGUGGUGCCCAUGCCCCUCUCUGGCUCAACGGGACCCACCCCCGAGUCGGCGAGGGGAUUGUAACCCGUCAGGUCUGUGGCCACUGGAAAUGGGGAGCAUACAAUUCAGAGAUUGAAGACUGCUGCAACUUUGCCAACCCACCUGUUCGGAUCAAAGCAUGUCCUGGAAAUUACUAUGUGUAUGAGUUUAUGAGAUCAUACUAUUGCUACUUGACUUACUGUACUGAUGUUGGUGACAUUGCUUUGAACAGGAUUGGGCCAGACCCAACUGUUGGACCAACAAUACAUCCUCACAUUGGCACAACAGCAAGUUACCCUUCAAGUGCAUUUUACCCAUUUGGUCCAGGGGACUCCUACAACAGCCGAAAUGAUGAUGGCUGGUCAACAAUUAACAUUGCACAAACGUUCCUCUAUUUCACCCAGACAAUAUCCAGGAUAUACGUUAGCAACAAUGGAUUCCUCACAUUUGAGAAUGGAUGGCGAGGCUGGAGUCCAUAUGAAUUUCCCGCAUAUGCUCACCGCAACAUCAUUGCCCCCUUCUGGACUGACAUUGAUAACAGGCGCAGAGGCACCAUAUCCUACCGCCAGUACACCAGUGGCAGUGUCCUGCAGCAAGCCACCGCAGACAUCAACCAAUACUUCCCUGCCAUUAGCUUCUCCGCUAGCUGGGUCUUUGUCACCACGUGGGACAGUGUGGAAUACUAUGAAUAUUCUGGAACUGAAACAUCUUUUCAAGUGGUCCUGAUUGCAGGGGGUCAACGCUCAUUUGCACUGAUGAAUUACGGCGCGAUUGCCUCAACACGUCAUCAUGUGCAGGCUGGCUAUGACACAAUCAACUCUGUACAUCAUUUCUCUAUCCCUGGCUCGUUCAUGAAAAACUUCACAAAUUUACGGCAUACUAGCAAUGUCAACACGCCAGGCCGUUGGGCAUUCCAGAUCGAUGAUGGACCUCAAGGCUGCCAAUACCAUGGCUUCGCAGUGCAGGUAGGAGACUCCUUCUGGACAGAUGCUACGUGUCAGCAAAGAUGCACGUGUGCCAAUGGAGGAGUCCUUCAGUGCCAGCAGCAGUCCUGCUCUUUCUCUCAAGUGUGCAAACCCGCAGCCUUCCAAUACUCCUGCCAAAAUAUUCAGAGACGCACCUGUAGCAUCUCUGGUGACCCGCACUACUACACAUUUGACAGGAAACUCUUUCAUUUCCAAGGCACCUGCACCUAUGUGCUGUCUGAGGCAUGUGGUGAUGGACUGCCCUAUUAUCGAAUUGAAGGGAAGAAUGAACACAGGGGCAGCACACAUGUGUCAUGGACCCGCCUUGUGAGAGUGUGGGCAUACGGUGAAGAGAUUGAACUUGUCAAAGGCCACCAUUACAAUGCCAUGGUCAAUGGGACAUUUGUAACAACCCCAUUCAGUCUACAAGAUGGAGCGAUCAGAGUCUACCAGUCAGGUCGGUCUGUAGCUGUUAGUACAGACUUUGGACUGCUAGUCACCUAUGAUGCCUAUCACUAUGUCACAAUCUCAGUACCCUACGAGUACCAGAAUGGGACAUGUGGUCUCUGUGGCAACUUCAACCACCGUUCUCAUGAUGACUUCCGGACGCGCAGUGGCCAGCUUGUCAGCUCGGACGUGGAGUUUGCCAACAGCUGGAAGGCGGAAGGGGACACUGACCCUGAUUGCCAGGAUGUGCGCUGUGCCGGACUAGCGUGUGCUGUCUGCACCUCAAGCCAAAGGCAACUGUAUGGGAAUACUGCUCACUGUGGAAUCCUUAGCAACAAUGCUGGCCCUUUUGCUGCAUGUCACUCAAGCCUACCUCCACAGACCUUUGAGGAAAACUGUGUGUAUGAUCUCUGUGUGGGAGGUGGUUACCAGCCCAUUCUCUGCCAAGCCCUCAAUGUGUAUGCUGCCCAGUGCCAACAGGAGGGAAUCCAGUUGGGUCAGUGGAGAAGUGAUGGAUUCUGUGAAAUCCCUUGUCCAGCCAACAGUCAUUUUGAGUCUGAAGGAACAGGGUGUCCUGCUACUUGCAUCAACCCCAAUGCCCCCCAGAACUGCCCACUGCCCAACCAGGAGAGCUGCAUCUGUGAUUCAGGCUACGUCCUAAGUGCUGGGGAGUGUGUUCGGCAGAGUGACUGUGGCUGCACAUUCGAAGGGCGGUACUACAGAGCUGGGGAAACUGUUGUGCUAGACCAAGACUGUGGAAGGCGUUGCACCUGCAGUCAUGGGUCAAUGACUUGCCAGACACAUGGCUGUGGAGAUCUGGAGGAGUGCGCGGUCCAUGAGGGCGUGAGGGGCUGCAGACCCGUUAGCUACGAAACCUGCUGGGUGGAGAGUUAUGAUUCAUACCGCACAUUUGAUGGACUGACAUUCCACUACCCAGGUGCCUGCAGUCUGACACUGGCAAGAGUCAGAGGACAGUCACAACUGACACACUUUCAAGUAACAGUUGAGAAAGUUCCAAGAGGCCUGAGCGACUUUGUCAGAAACCUUAAGUUUGAAACAGAAGGGACACAAGUUUCUGUGGAGAUGGGGGAUGGAGCCACAACAAAGGUGGAUGGACAAACAGUUGGCAUUCCUUUCAGUGUCAGCUCAGGUCAUAUUCGCAUCUACCACAGCAGUGUCAAAGGUGUUGUCAUAGACACCGACUUUGGUGUGCUGGUGAGAGCCGACUGGCCACAUGUCAUCCGCAUCACUGCUCCUGGUAACUACAAUGGCACGCUAGGAGGACUGUGUGGGAAUCUGAAUGGCUACCCCGACGAUGACUUCUUCUCUCCAACUGGUGUUCAGCUGAACAGCUCACAGCAGUUUGGAGACAGCUGGAGAGACGGCUCCCUCUCAGCACACUGUGUGGAACCUCCAGCCUGGGAACCAGGACACAACCAGAACACCCAGCAGUUCAGGGAGCUCUGUGGCAUCAUGGGAUCAGUCAAUGGACCUUUCGGCCAGUGUCUAGCAAGUCUUGACCCCUGGGCACGGAUUGAAGAUUGUGUUCAGGCACUGGUGAGGACCCAAGGGUCACGAGAAGCACUCUGUGAAGCUUUGCGUGGAUACACUCUGCUUUGCCAACAGACUGGAAUCACAGUAGGGGAAUGGAGGAACCUGACCAACUGUGAGGUAAACUGCCCUCUAAACAGCCAUUACGAGAUUUGUGGAACGUCCUGCCCAGCUUCUUGCCCAAGCCUGUCUUUCCCCUUCAUGUGCAAUCAGCAGUGCCAGGAGGGCUGCCAGUGUGAUGAUGGCUUCCUCUUGAGUGGGGAUCGCUGUGUGCCUCCUACAGGCUGUGGCUGCCACCAUGGGGGCCGCUACAGACAGAGUGGAGAGCGCUACUGGUAUGGUGAAGAGUGCCAGCAAAUCUGCCGCUGUAAUGGCCUGACUGGUCAGUCCCAUUGCACUGCCUCUUCCUGCAGUAAACAGGAGUCCUGUCGCAUUGUGGACGGCCAGUUUGGUUGCCAUCCUAAACCUGAAGCCACUUGCAGCGCCUCCGGAGACCCUCACUACACCUCCUUUGACAGGCGAACCUUCGACUUCCAGGGCACAUGCCGUUACGUCCUGGCAUCUGUCUGCAAUGGAAGCCAGGAUCUACCACAUUUCCAGGUUGAGGCCCGCAAUGAGCCAUGGAACGGUCUGCAGGUCUCCAUAACUGUGGCAGUUUACGUCAAUGUGUCUGGACAUCAGGUCUACAUCUCAAAAUACCAUCCUGGUACCGUUCAGGUAAAUGGGGAGACAAGAAACCUACCAGUCCUCCUUGAUCAGGGCAAAGUAUCGGUCUAUGGCAAUGGUCUCCACACAUUUGUGGUAACAGACUUUGGCUUGACUGUCAGUUAUGAUGGCCGCUGGGUGUUGGACAUCACAGUGCCAUCAAACUACAGUGGAGCUACCUGUGGCCUGUGUGGCAAUUUCAACGGCCUCCAGGCUGAUGACUUCACUGUCCAGAAUCAGAUUUCAGGCUCUCAAGUCCUCUCCACCUCUGACUUUGGGAACUACUGGAAGGUUGAUGAUGACAUCCCCUGUACUGGAGGAUGUGGAAACUCUUGCCCAGUAUGUCAUGAUGACUGGAGAGCCCGUGCCAUGUGUGAACUGCUCAAAGCUAGCAAUGGACCACUGAGUUUCUGCCAUGCACAUGUGGAUCCCCAGACAUUCUUCAAUGACUGUGUCUUUGAUGUUUGCCUUUCUGGAAACAGAGACGAUGUCCUCUGUCGAGCAAUGGAGGCCUACGUCAGUGCAUGUCAAGCAGCAAAUGUGAUCAUCUACCCCUGGAGACAAAACUCCACCUGCCAAAUGGAUUGUCCAGAGAACAGCCACUAUGACCUGUGUGGCACUGAGUGUGGCCACACCUGUGCAAGCAGCAUUGAUGCCAGCUGUGACAGAACCUGUGCUGAGGGCUGUUUCUGCAAUGAAGGGUUUGAGAGGAGUGGGGGGCGUUGUGUUCCAGUGGAGCAGUGUGGUUGUCUCUAUGAUGGUCUCUACUUUGAGAUCGGAGAAAACUUCUGGACUCAAGAUUGCUCCCAUCACUGUGAAUGUGUUUCCAAAAACGACCUCCGCUGCACUCAGUCCUCUUGCCCUCCCACUCAGGAGUGCUCUGUCAAAGAUGGUCGACGUGGUUGCUAUGGUCAGCUGUCAACCUGUACCGUCUGGGGAGACCCUCAUUAUAUCACAUUUGAUGGAGCUGUUACACACUUUCAGGGCACCUGUUCCUAUGAGAUAAGUCACAGCUGUGGCAACAUCAGUCAGGAUGCCUUGGCCUUCCGAGUAGUAGCUGCUAACAGUCACCGUGGCAACCUGGUUGUGUCAUUUGUGUCCACGGUGGACAUGUGGCUCUCUAGAGGAGGAGUGCAAAGGCACAUCACCAUUGGCCAGAACAGGAGAGUCAAGGUUGAUGGCCAUGAGAACAAUGCGAACAGCAUUCAGAUUGGCUCCCUUGCACAGUUGACACGAGACUCUGGAUUUGUGGUGGUGAAUGCCUCAGGGGAGCUGGUGGUGCAGUUCGAUGGGCGCAGUAGACUCCUGGUCAGACUCAAUCCUGGUUUCCACCAAUCAGUGUGUGGGAUGUGUGGGAAUCACAAUGGCAACCCAGCAGACGACAAGGCCCUACGGAAUGGCAGUCUGGCGCAGACUGAUACACAGUUCGGUCAGAGUUGGAAAUCAGACGUCAGCAGUCCGGGAUGUGGUGCCAGUGACCGUAUCGGUGAUGGCGUGUGUCUCUUCAGAGAAGAAUACACAGAGCUCUGUAGCAUCAUCAGCAACAGCAGCGGGCCAUUCCAGCCGUGCCACCUGCAUGUUGACCCUCAGGCCUACGUCACUUCCUGUGUGUAUGAUCUCUGUGCCUACACGCCAGCCAAUGGCAUGCUGUGCUCAGCAGUGGAGGCUUACGAGACAGCCUGCAGUGUGCUGGGGCUGCAAACCCCAGAAUGGCGCUCUGCACUUCACUGCUCUGCAUCGGACCCCUGUGAGGAUCUGGACUGUACUGAGGAUGAGUGGUGUGGCCAGAAAGAUGGAGUCUACGGCUGCUUCUGCAAUGAGGACCACGCCAGACCUCAGUCCUUUGACUCUAUGGAGCAGUGUUCCAGCAGCACAGGAACCAUGUCUCUGUCUCGCUGCCAGCUGUUUGAGGCUGGCUUCUCAGCAGACACCCUCCACCUCAACGACCCCGACUGCAAUGGCACAGUCCAAGAUGGCCGACUGGAGUUCUUCUUCAACAAUGACAACCACAUCUGUGGCACGUCUCUUAAGAGCAACAGCACUCACUUCAUCUAUGAGAACUCGGUCCAGGGGGAGUCCAACUCUGCUAGUGGCCCCAUCAGCAGAGAGAGACAGAUAAACCUGAAUUUCAGCUGUGCCUAUCCCCUCACUCAGACCCUCUCCAUGAACGUGGACAUCAACCCUCUGGAGAGCAUUGUGACCCAGACGUUGCCAGGAGGGGCAGGAACCUACCGAGUGCGCAUGAUUCCCUUUGAAGAUGCCGGCUUCUCCCAUGCCUACUCAGGGAGGGUGAAUGUGGUGGUGGACCAGAGGCUCUAUGUGGAGGUGCGGGUGGAAGGGGUGGACAGUCGCCAGAUCGCCACAGUGAUUGAUUCCUGCUGGGCCACUCCUGUCAAUCAGCCGUACUACCACAUCCGCUGGGACCUGGUCAAGAAUGAGUGUCCCAACCCGAAAGACAACACAGUGGAGCUGCUUCAGAAUGGGGUCAGCACAGCAGGUCGUUUCUCCUUCAGGAUGUUCACCUUCACAGCUGAUUCCUCCAAGGUCUACCUGCACUGCAACAUCCACCUGUGCUUGGUGGCAAACAACGACUGCGCAGCUCACUGUUACCCGGGUUACCCCGUGAGGCAGCGGCGUUCUGUUGAUUUCCAUGACAGCGCUGCCAUCUCACUGGGGCCUCUGGUUUGGGGCGCUGACGCAGCAGAUGGGAAUGCCAUGAGAUCUCCCCGUCUUGUCCGGGCGUCUAAGGCCCCGGGUCUGACUCCAUCUCUCAUGGUGCUGUUCCUGUCUGUCCUGAGUCUAAAGACUCUCCUCAUGUAACUCUCUCACACACACACACACACACACACACACACACACACACACACACACACACACACACACACACACACACACACACACACACACACACACACACACACACACACACACACUAUAACAUCUGUAACCCCCUGGCUCUAAAUGAACUAGGCAUGCAAAUUAUCGAUUAAUUCAUGAAUCGUUAGUUGAUUGGCACAUCAAUCGACUUACGAUAAAUUGAUAAGCGGUGUUUUUCCCUCGAAAUCUCCAUGCUUCUAAAAAAAAAACCUACUAAAUCUAAAAAUGUAUAUUGAAAAGUGAGAUAAAAUGCACAUUUAAAUAUUCCCACUAUUCACAUCCCUCUUCACGCACACUCCACUCAUGCCCAUUUCACCUGGGUCUCUUGUCAGUUAAAUUCGCGAUGAAUUGCCAUUAAUGUUUUUUACUGUUCUCUCCCUAAAAUGAACAUUUACAUCAUAGCUUGCAUAACACGAUUACAUUACUAAAAGAAUUCUACAAGAAUCCAAUUGCACAUUCCACACUCCUCACCUAUACUUCAGUGGAUUCUUUCCUUGACUGUGUGCAUCAGAGAUUCUAUUGUCUUUACUGUAUUUCGUCCCUUAGAGGAGCUGUGACUGUCAUGCUACUUUAGUUAGACAGUACUGCCCCAACAAAGAAAAGUGCUGUAUCUAUAUAUUUUGACAAAAUUGAGUCAAGGCUUUGAAGUAAUUUUUCUCAGUUUUAAUGUUGCCCCAGCAUUUGCACUUAGCCUUUGUAGGGCAGGGUACAGAUUCUUGUGUUGCUGAUUGUAAUUCACAAUAAAAACAAACUGUACAAAUAUGUAAUCAUAUGGUGCGGGGAAAGUCUUUUAUUAUGCCUCAGCCAUGAGAUCAAUAUUCAAAAUUUCCUGUUUCUAUCGUUUGUAGUGAAUGCAAUUUAUUUUCAUUAAAAUGUUUUCUUGUGUGUGUUUUUUUUGUUUUGUUUCUUUUGACAUAAUGAGAACGUGUGUGUCAUUAAUGUGGCUCAUGGUUCUGUGUUAAAUCAUGAAUGAUUUUUUGCUAUACUCCUCUAUUUUUUAUUUUAUUACUUAACAAGAAAUCUGUAUUCAACCGGAUCACACCGCACUCUCGAUUAAAAGUUGCCAAACAUGAACAGAAACUGUGAACAAAAAAAUAGAAAGAAAAAUGUCUGCACACUAAAAUCCUCUUUGUUUUCUUUUUAAUAAGUCAAGCUUUCGGUCUACUGACCUUCCUCAGGGCUCAGAGCUUUGUAUUCUAUUUUUUACCAUGAAAAAAUCAGGAUUGGUGUAAUGGUGAAAGGCGCCAUAGUACCUGUAUUCAAAAAUCGCAUUUUAUGUGUUUUGUAUUGUCAUUUGCAUCUGUACUGCACCAGUAAACACUAAGUACUACCA